AUGAUAUGCGAAAACUGGCAGCAAUUGCUCUAUGCCACAAAAAUUACCCUGACCGUUUGUACUGCUCUCCUACUCGGUGUUGGUUUAGAAGAAUUUACCGAACUGGGAGCAAAUUAUGAACUGAUAUCAAUUGGCUCGUUUGAACACCCGGAAUCGAUAGCUCGACAGUACGGAAUACAAAUGAAAGACUAUCCGCUCCUAUUGGCACUAGACCCAUUCCUGGUCAAACCACGCAAGAACGCCACCGAACACAAAAUGCUACCUAAUUUGACGGCAUUACAUUGGCCCCCAAAAGUCGUGGCAAGUAGACCGGCUGGAUCUGUUUACGAGAAUGGCACCACAGCACCGCUUCCGCGACCAUUUGAACCGAUUAUGAGUAAUGGGCAGAUAAAUCUUUCACGGCGUCUACUGAAAUUGUUUUCCGAUCUGAUGUUUGAACACGGUUACGGAGAUCGGUUUUGGUUGAACGGGGGCAGUCUGGUUGGAUCGUACCAUCAUCACAAUUUCAUUCCUUGGGACGACGAUGUGGAUGUUUUGGCAGAUGUUGAAUUACGACCGGAAAUUCAGCGUCUUCUUAAAACGUUGGAACCUGAGUACAAGACCUAUUCAAUGUAUGUAAGAGACAAAUUGUUUUCGGAGACCAUAAACCAAUCACAAGCCCAUCUGGAUCUAGAGUACAGUCGGGCAACUUCGAAUAAUCCCUGGUCAUGGCCGUUUCUCGAUAUUGGUUACUGUCGCAUAGAACCGGUGAAAACAUGUGAAGAUCCGUGGAUUCCAGGUUUAAGUGUAUGCUAUCCAACCUCAUCGAUUUUCCCUUUGAUUUAUCGACCAUUCGGUGACGACUGGUAUCCAUCCCCUUCUAAUGUGCCUGUCUAUUUGCGUUCUAUGUAUCGUGAACAUACUAGUUGUGUUACAUUUGGCUAUUCUCACAUUCUGGAAAGUGGAUCAAGAUUUGGUCGGGUGCCUUGUCACACACUGCUUCAUCGAUACCCAUUUGUGCGUCAUCUGACGUUGCCAGGGUCACAGGUGGUUGCAAGAAACAAUUCUAUAGCCCAACUGUUUACAGUCGACAUGGAACAGUUAUCCAAACGUUCAGAUUAUAAAUGGGAUAUGAUUCACACACUAAGACUACCAAUACAACGAGAAAAUGUUGUCCAAUGUAUCGGCUAUGGUGUUCCCGAGCCACGCUAA